GAUAAUGUAAGAAGGCCAUCAAAGUCAUGGUCAAAUAUAAGGAAUUGGUUCCAUGCAAGGUUUUCGGAGCAAAACUUUCCAUUAUGUUAUUAAUACAAUAAAUAACUUGACAGACGCGACAAGCAUGAUGAGAUCAUGAGACAGAGGGGCGCACCCAAGAAACAGCGAAUCCAAGGUUCAAGGUCAUACUUCAAGGUCAAUUUUAAGAAUUCUUUCCCCGACACAUUUUCUGUUGCGAAACUGUCCAACCUGGAUGAUUUUCCAUAUGCUAGUAGCUUAGUAGAAUUGGUAUGCAUGGUGAGCAAGUGUUCCGCGCAUUAUCCAGAAGAAUGCUUCAAAGGUCACACUUAGCACUUUAUCUUAAGAGCAUACACGUGUUUUUUUUUUCAACAAACUUGGGAUGCGUGACACGCUUGACAAGGAGUGUCGAAUGUUAUAUUGAAAGACCCAGGCCAAUGGUCAUAGAUUUAUGGCAAAUGCGAAUAAACGGAUUCUACCCCUAUAAUAAACACUAUGACCAGAACGUUUUCUUUUUCAGCAAAGAAUAAUGGUCAAAUCAGAUUGCCGAGUUGGUGGGCAAUUUUUAACAAGCACAAAUAAUCACGUUCAAGACUCCGGUCAAGUUAACAGUUCAAUAUCAGGUCGAAACUUAGUUGUGGAUCAGCAUAAAUAGGAUUUUCACAUAAUUUGGCGACACUUUUUGCAUAUUGAGACGGAGUGUACCAGGUCAUAAGUUCAAUGGUAAAGGUCAGAUUUCAAGGUCCAAAAUAAGAUAUCAGUUUAACCUUUUUGCAAUAUUUACAUACAAAUACUCUGUUGAUGAAUGACUAAUUGUGAUAUCAGCGGUCUUGUAAAAUACCGACGUACACAAAAGUUUUUAUAUUGUUUACGCGGUUUUGAUAUUGUUCACAACAAACGUGGUUAGAAGUUUAUCGCGUUGAUGAAAUUAUUUUGCUCGUGUAGCUAUAGAGCACAAUCAAUGUUCAAGGUUAUAGCUUUAUAACGCAGUCGUUUAUUUUAUAUUAAUAUUAAGUAAGGGAUCUAGGAUAAAAGUAAAAAUCUUCUCCAUGAUUAUGCAUGAAAAAGCAUUGUUGUAUUUCAAUGCCCAGUCUAGACUAUAUUUGACGAAUGUAAUAUCGUUCACCGAGAAGAUGUCAAUCAUUGUCAUCACGCUGUUCUUACUCGCAAAAGUCCUCUGUGCAAACAAAUUGGUCAAUUGCUUUUCUUUAUCUCUUUGUUUUAUUGCAUUAGAUACGCUACCGUUUAAUUUAUUUGCGUUCCGGACUUCACAAACACUUUACAUGGACCGGGUGCGAUUUAAUGUCCCAAAUAUCGAUUAAAAACCAUAACUACAAGUCUUUGAUUUACUGUAGUAUCAGUACAGUUUUCAAAGUUGUAUGGUCUACUGCAAUACUAGAAAGUGAUGGCGACAGGUAAUAAUGGGACCAAACAGAACGGAAAACAUGUAUUUCCCAUGAUGAAGAAGGAUUCUGUGACGAAAGAAAGCAAUCAGAAAAAUGGACCAGAAAAUCGCGCGACGCUGUACAAAAAGCUGACGGAAAAUGGCGAAAAUCAGUUCAGUAAACGAACAGACAUUGAAGUGGGGCAGUGUAGUAAGAGGACAGAAAAGGAAGACAAUCAGCGGACAAACCUGUCCAAUACGGCGCUAGAUAGCAAAAUUGAACAUAGAAGCAACCCGUCCAUCAAACCAGCAGACGACUUUGAUAACCCUUUCAAAUUAGCAGACGACACUUCGGAUCUUCGUCUGAUAGUGGAAGGCAGACCUUUGUACGUAUCCAAGGUGGUCUUGACCUUAAUUUCGCCGGUUUUCAAAAGAUUGUUUCGCCAAAAAGAGAACGAGAACAUGGUUGAACUUCCGCUUCCGGGUAAGGAAUGCACAGACGUCAUCCAAUUUCUGUCCUGCGUGUACCCGGACAGACUAGCACCAUUAACAGACAAAAACGUCGAAGUUGUGUUGCUAUUGGCGGAGGAAUACGAAGUCCAUCGUUUGGUAGAAAAAUGCGAAGAUUUCAUGAUCAAGGACAUAGAAAUCACCGCAGCAAGUAGUCCCCAUACCGAAAAAGUAGUCCGAUAUUUGUAUUUGGCUGAGAAAUUCGGGUUGGAAGCUUUGCAAAAGGUUGCUUUUGACACUGCUGCAACGAUGCAUUCAGAUUCACUGGAAAACGUUCGAGAAUUCUGGGAACUUCCGCCAGUUACCACGACAAAUGUAUUCAUCCGCAGACUGAAACUGUUAGAAACUAUCGGAAAGACAAUAAUGAAGAAAAUCAAAGAGACGCGAAAUCACUGCGCACUAUAUCACAAACACGACGCUGAACAUGAUGUGACUGUUUGUCUAAAGUGCUGUGCUAGCAUAGGCAAACUUGUUAUGGUUGAGUUCAAGCACUUUUAAACGUGGACGUUUUCUUAAAACAAGAAACGUGUCCAUAAGACACGGAUGCAACCACCUAUAUAUGCAGUAUUGACGUUUAUGUAGCCUAGACUUCAUCAAUAUUUUACAUUAAAAAUGUUUUCGAGUGCAUGAUCUUAGCAAUUGCCUUGAUGUAUGCAUUUACAAAGGUUGUUCUUGUAGAAAUAUAUUAUAGCCAAUA